AUGAGUGAAUUUGAGCAAACACAACUACUAGAAAAUUUAGGCGAUUAUCGUGCAAUACUACAAGGGCAUAUUACUUCUUUGCAAAAUCAUCAGCAUCCUGUACUUCUUAUUGGCGAUGAUUGUCAAGGCAAGAAAGAUCUAAUCGAAUUAUUAAUCCACUGCAAAUGUGCUGCACUGAAUCAAAUUUAUGACCGCAGAUUUUGUUAUUUACUAAGUUAUAAUUCUGAAAGAUAUGUACAAAUCGAGCGAUGGAUCGAAAAAGAAGUUGAAACUACAGCCACCAAUAUCUUUUUAGACAAUGAAGAUGACGACGAUGAAAGGUUUCUUCAACAAAUUGAUCAAUAUAUGACAAAAUAUGAAAAGGAUAUUGCUAUUAUUAAAAUUUAUUGGCCGAUAGAUGCAUUAAAGCGUGGUAUUCAAUAUGUUUCAUUUCCCUGGUCCAUUAGUUUACCUGUCGUUUCCGAUCUCUUUAUAAAGUGCCUUUCUAAUGCUUUCGGUGUCAUUUUUGUGCUACAAAUUGAUCAAAAUAUAAUCGUGGACAUAACAAAAGUCAAUAAAAUCCUACAGCAAGUAUGGCAUCGAGAGAAAGCAACACUAGGAUACUUUUUACCUGAUUCAACUAUAUUUAUAUGUAACACUAAGGCAGAAGGUUUGGAGGGACAUGAUAUAAAAGCUAAAAAAGAUUGCUUCUAUCAAAAAAUGGAUCAUUAUUGGCCUAAUUGUUCAUUACAACAAUUUCUAGUGGUUAAUAUAACUAAUGCUGUACAAGAUUAUCAUCUGGGAAUUGUCAGCCAAGAAUAUCACGAUAUUAUAAUGCAACUACAAGUCUUUCUUCCGUAUAAUUUAACGUAUAAACUUGAGCUUUUCAGUAGAAUAUUGAGUAGGCUUCGUGCAGAUACCAUAUUGCCAUGCCAUUACAUUAUUACCUAA